ACAACAACAAAAGCUCCGCCCGCAACGCGUUCCGCUCUUGGUGCAACUGAUCAGCUCUCUGCUCUCUGCACUCGCGCCGAGGCAACCCAGUCCGCCAUCACAUCUGCGACACCGCCGUUGAUCGCAUUUUGCAAGCCGCUGUCGCACUUGCUCCCAGCCCCGUCGCAACCCUCGUGGCGAUUGCACUUGAUCUCACCACCACGGACGCACAACUCGCGCAUUUCGAGCCUUAGGCAGCAGGCAGCACACUACCUCAGUCCAUAUCUCGCCUCCCACAGUCAAAAUGAGCGGCUCCGACUUCCUUGGCCGUGCGAUCGAUGUGGUCAAGAAGGCCAUCGAAAACGAUACCUCUGGCGACUACGAGAAAGCGUACCAGCUCUACUACCAAGCCCUCGAGCUCUUCAUGCUGGCCCUGAAAUGGGAGAAGAACGCUAAAUCGAAGGAGAUGAUCCGCGCCAAGGUCGGCGAGUACAUGGAGCGAGCGGAGAAGCUCAAGAACCAUUUAGCAGAACAAGAUAAAAGCAAUCGCAAGAAGCCGGGAGCGGUGGGUGCGAAUGGUAAGGUUGCUGGUGGGUCGGGGAAGGGAUCCGGCGGAGAUGAUGGGGAAGACGAGGACCCGGACAGCAAGAAGCUACGCGGCGCGCUUGCGGGAGCAAUCUUGUCGGAAAAGCCCAACAUUAAGUGGGAGGAUGUGGCUGGUUUGGAGCAGGCGAAGGAGGCGCUGAAGGAGGCCGUGAUAUUACCUAUCAAGUUCCCGCACCUCUUCACUGGCAAGAGGCAGCCGUGGAAGGGUAUCUUGCUCUACGGACCUCCUGGUACGGGUAAGAGUUAUUUGGCAAAGGCGGUCGCCACUGAGGCAAACAGCACGUUCUUCAGUGUCAGCAGCAGUGACUUGGUGUCGAAGUGGAUGGGAGAGAGUGAAAGGCUUGUCAAGCAGCUCUUCAACAUGGCAAGAGAAAACAAGCCUUCCAUUAUCUUCAUCGACGAGAUUGAUGCCCUUUGCGGCCCUCGCGGUGAAGGCGAGUCGGAAGCAUCACGGCGUAUCAAGACGGAGCUGCUGGUACAAAUGGAUGGUGUCGGCAAGGACUCAAAGGGUGUCUUGAUUCUCGGCGCUACCAACAUUCCCUGGCAGCUUGAUGCAGCCAUCCGGAGACGUUUCCAGAGGCGUGUGCACAUCAGUCUGCCUGAUCUGCCGGCGCGUACGAGGAUGUUUGAGCUUGCUGUUGGCUCGACGCCGUGUGCGCUGAAGGCGGAGGACUUUAGGGAGCUGGGCAAGCUGAGCGAAGGCUACUCCGGUAGUGAUAUCAGUAUUGCGGUGCAGGAUGCAUUGAUGCAGCCGGUGCGGAAGAUUCAGACGGCCACGCACUACAAGGAGGUCAUUGUCGAGGGCGAAAAGAAGCUCACGCCCUGCUCUCCUGGUGACCAGGGCGCCAAGGAAAUGUCGUGGACCGACGUUGAGUCCGAUCAACUCUUGGAGCCGCCACUCUUGAUCAAAGAUUUCAUCAAGGCCAUCAAGAGCUCGCGGCCCACGGUCAGCCAAGAAGACCUCAAGAGGAAUUCGGAAUGGACCCUCGAGUUUGGCAGCGAGGGAGCGUAAUCUAGUUUCCUUUCUUGCUUAUGAGUAUGAGUAUAAAACGGUUGAAUUGCGCGAUCAUAGCGUUGGCAGGUCUUUGGCGUUGAGAUUCUUAAGGUAGAGCACGAUUAUCUGGUGCGCACGGGCACCAAUUGCACGAUUCAAGAUCCUUGC